GCUGCCCCGCGCCGGGAACGUUUGUCGGCAGCGCUGGCGGACGGACGGCCGGCGGGGCGAGGAGCGGGUUACACCGGGAAGCCGGAAGCGCGCUGCGGGAAGGGCCGGCAGGAUGGCGGACGUCCCGAGCAACGCACCAGCACAUUGUCCUGGGACAGCCAGUGAAGAUGCUGGUAAAGUGUCUGCCUGCCAGGGCUGUCCCAAUCAAGCGUUAUGUGCAUCCGGUGCCUCAAAAGCUCCAGAUCCAGCCAUUCAGGAAAUUAAGGAGAAAAUGAUGUCUGUUAAACAUAAAAUCCUGAUAUUAUCUGGAAAAGGAGGGGUUGGAAAGAGCACCGUCAGUGCACACCUUGCUCAUGGGAUAGCAAGUGAUGACACCAAGCAGGUUGCUCUUUUGGAUGUUGAUAUAUGUGGUCCAUCAAUUCCUAAAAUGAUGGGAGUAGAAGGUGAACAGGUACAUCAGAGUGGGUCAGGAUGGUCUCCUGUGUAUGUAGAAGAAAACCUGGGUGUAAUGUCAGUGGGAUUUUUGCUCAGCAGUCUUGAUGAUGCUAUCAUUUGGAGAGGACCCAAGAAAAAUGGUUUGAUCAAACAAUUUCUGCGAGAUGUGGACUGGGGAGAGGUUGACUACUUGAUUGUUGAUACACCACCUGGUACCUCGGAUGAACAUCUCUCCAUUGUACAGUACUUGAGUGCCACGCCGGUGGAUGGUGCUGUGAUCAUCACCACUCCUCAGGAAGUUUCACUGCAGGAUGUUAGAAAGGAAAUCAACUUCUGCCAGAAAGUGAAACUGCCUAUAAUUGGAGUUAUUGAAAAUAUGAGUGGUUUUGUGUGCCCAAAGUGCCAGCAUGAAUCACAAAUUUUUCCACCAACCACAGGAGGUGCCAUGAAGAUGUGCAAAGAUUUAAACAUUCCCUUUCUUGGUAAAGUACCCUUGGAUCCCAGGAUAGGGAAGAGUUGUGACGAAGGCAAAUCAUUCUUAUCAGAAAUACCUGAUUCUCCUGCAUGUGUUGCCUACAAGGAUAUUGUUAAACGAAUCCAGGAACACUGUGACACACACAGUUCCGAAGUGGAAAAGAAUGCCUGAUGUGAACAAGAACAUUCUGUGCAAGCUGCUGAGUGAAUUUGAACAACUUGCACUCAAACAAAUUCCGUUGGUCUAUUUUAAUCAUUCCUUGUACGUAAUUUCAGACUCUUUGCCACCUGACCCCAUUUCUGUACAAAAUUAUGCUUUUAUAUUUCAAUGGCUUACAGAAAUAACCGAUGAAUGUUAAGAUCUGUAGUAAUGUCAAUUUUUGUAUAAUACAUUAGAGGUAAAAGUAGAGAAAUAAGAGAACUGUGAUUGGGUGAUUUAAUUAUGAUGGCAGGAGGAGUUAAAUAAAUAAACUUCUUUCUGUUUGGCUGCACAACAAUAUACAAUGGACGUUCAAGCAAUUGACAUAAAAUUGUUCUUGUACUCUGGUAAAUCAUAGCAUUUUGACAGCAUUAGAUGCAACAGCUAAGAAUUUAAAUGAUAUAUCCAAAAACUAUAUUAAUCUCUAAACUUAUGGGUUUGGUUUGAAGAAAAUAAAGCCCGACAAUAGAUGCUAUUUAAUUGGAACACAUAAACUUAAAUGUUUUCUGUUGCAGUGUGGUAUCACAGUCUUUGACUGAACAUCAGUUUAUACUGCAAAAAACAUGUUCUCUCAGCACCAGCCACCUCCACAAUAAUGAAAACCUGGACCAUUGCUGGGCAGGAGCAUUUGUUUUCAAAUGAUCAGCAAAUAAUACAGGUGACAGUUUUGCCAAAGGUUCAAGAUUUUGGAAAUCAUCUUACCUUUCUUGCCCAUAAUUUCAACUAAUUUAUUUGAACUAAAGUGGUGAUUGGGUGUUUAAGUUUUUGUAUUUGUAAAGAUAAUUGAUGUGUAUGAAACAGGCGGGUAUAAGGACACAAGGUCCUUCCAAUUUACCCCAACUAACAAUGGAAAAGGGAAUUGUAGAUUUUUUUUGUUUCUUCACCAAAAUAACAGAAGUCUGGACCACAGCCUGAAAAAAAUGGUGACCUGUAAAACCACAAUAUCUUUGAGUGCAAAAGUAUAUUGUGUUCAAGAGUGCAUGACAAGAUUGAAUUAUUUAAGAUCAGACAAUAACAAUCAUGUAAAGUAAUAAUUUAUUACUGAAGUUAACUUCAACUGUAAGCAAGGCACUGUACUUUCAGAACAAAAUAUUUUCUAAAAUUUACAACAUAAAUAAACCAUCUUCAACUGA